GAUGCAAAGCGCAUGCACGGGGUGCCCAAAGCGCAUGUGCGGGGUUGACGCAAAGCGCAUGUGAGGGGUGACGCAAAGCGCAUGUGAGGGGCGUGCCCCAAUGCGCAUGUGCGAGGCGUGCCCAGAAGCUUCUACGUCUUACCGUUUACCGGCGUCCCGCACCGGAAGUGCCCUCUCUUUCCUCCGGAGCUCGGGCUUUUCUCCCACAGCCGUUUUUUUCUGCGGCCUUCUAGUCAUCCGUUCGCUGCCCAGUAGCCAAAGCCUCAGAAGAGCCCUCGGCCAUGGCCUCAAACACUUUCUCCGUCACCGUAGAAAACUCGGAGAUGUAUGCUGAUGCUGUGGAGCUGCACCAGAUCUCUGUGGAGACCGUCCCUGUGGAGACCGUCCCUGUGGAGACCGUCCCUUACGAGGACAUCAGCGGCAGCUCUGUCCACGAUGGCUACCACCAUCCGUCUCUGGUAAUGCUGCAGCCUUUCAUUAUCAGCACCCCAAACGAAGGUGAGCACAACGAGGAAAUGAUGAUGGUGCAGAUGCAGGAGGAGGUGGUGGGCUACUACCAGUCUGACGACGUGCAGGUCAGCAACCUGGAGAACAAGAUGGUCAUCCUGGCCGACAAAGACGACUGCUUUCUGGAGACCCUGGCUCCCCUGUCACCCUCCACAUCCUCCUCGGCCUACAGCCACAGCAGGAAGCCCAGUGGCCAAGGCAGAAAGCCCAGCGACAAGAAUCGUUACGCCGGCGGCAAGACCAGGGCGGGAAGCAGCUCCGAGGAGGGCAGCGAGAAGGGGGAGCAGGAGCAGGUGCACAUCAAAACCCUGGAAGGUGGGUUCGCCGUCACCGUGCGCUCCGUGGGCAAUAAGAGAGGCCGUGAGGCUGGGCAGGCUGUUGGGAACCCGACUCUUGGUUAUUCAGAGUACAUGACGGGGAAGAAGCUGCCUCCUGGAGGAAUUCCUGGCGUUGACCUGUCAGAUCCCAAACAGUUGGCAGAAUUUACUAGAAAGAAGCCCCGGGAAAGCAAAGAAGAGCUCCCGAGAUCAAUAGCUUGCCCUAACCAAGGCUGCGUGAAGAUGUUCAGGGAUAACGCUGCUUUGAGAAAACAUAUGCACACCCAUGGCCCCAGAGUCCACAUAUGUAUAGAAUGUGGCAAAGCUUUUAUUGAGAGCUCAAAACUGAAACGUCAUCAGCUGGUGCAUACGGGAGAGAAGCCCUUUCAGUGCACCUUCGAAGGCUGCGGAAGGCGCUUUUCCCUGGAUUUCAAUUUGCGUACCCAUGUGCGAAUCCAUACCGGAGACAGGCCCUUCGUGUGCCCCUUCGAUUACUGUAAUAGGAGGUUUACUCAGUCAGCUAACCUGAAAUCUCAUAUCUUAACGCAUGCUAAACCUAAAGAUAGACGGUAAAAAGAAGAGAAGAAACUUCUCAGGCUCGGAAAGCAUCUUCCAGGAAUGUGAUGGGAAAUAAAUAUGCCUCUUUUUUGUGUACUGUUUCUAGAAAAGAAUUUUUUUAAUGAUUCUAACACAUUUAAGGGUCAGGUUUUGACAGGUUAGUAAAAAUAAAAUUUUAAAGUUUUUAAAAAGUAAUUCUUUAUGUAAGAUAACAUUGUUAAGAUGUUCUGUCUUGUUCUGUAAUACCGUUUAAAAAAAAUUAUGUUUUUAAUAUUUGCUCACAAAAGGAGGACAAUUCAUGAAGCUCACAUCAAAAGACUGUUGUUUAUACAACUGUGCUAAAAAUGGGACUUUUCACAUUCCUUUAAAUAUGAAGUUCAUCUGUUGAUAAGUUUUUAAAGUUCUGGAUUUUCUAAGUGUUCAUAUUUAUAUUUUUAAGAAUAUGUUUAGUAAUUCUAUAUAUGGAUUUUCUGGAAGUAGAAAACGUUGCUUGCAGAUUUUCUUUAAAAGAAGGACAGUUACAUGCAUAUAUAAAGUAUUUUCCUGUUUAAAAAAAGUGAUAUAGGUUUAGUUUGCCAUCUUAAUUUUGGUUGUAUUCUUUGACAUUAACACAUUUUGCAUAACUACCUUUUAGAUGAACUGGACUGUGUAGUAUUGAAUAUUGGAUGAAAUGUAGUAGUCGAUUUAAACCUGUUUUAGUCUUCUUAUUUUCCCCCAAAUACUACCAGGUGCUGUCUUUUAGUGUCAUUUUUUUGCCUGUUUAGUUAAGGAGUGGUGCUCAGUUGUGGAAUACGUUGUGUAUGUAUUGACUUUUUAAUACUUGGUACAUACAUCCCUUGUAAUAGAAAAAAAAAUAAAAUACCUGUUCUAAAGAAAGAAAAAA